AUGUCGAUUCCUGCGCCGCCUGCAGGAGACCCCGACACCAAUACUGAAAACGGGAAUGUUGACGCACAGCCGUACGAUCAAGAGCGAGUAGGUGGAAGUCGCCUCUCUACGUCCGAUUCACACGAUACGCCAACAACUACUACCUCUUUGCCUUCAUCAGACAGACACGAACAGCCGGCCAAGCCCCGUGACCCUGAACUCUUCGAGCACAGAAACGCACGACUAGGGGACAACUGGCAGCCCAGUCUCUACCACAACAUCAGACAACGCAUCAAACACCAUGGUGACUGA